UACGGGGAAACGGGAAUGCCGGUCCCUCCUUUCGGCUGCACCUUUUCUGCAGCCCCAAAUUUGGAGCACGUACUGGCAGUUGCAAAUGAAGAAGGAUUCGUUAGACUGUAUGAUACUGAAGCUCAAACCACCAGCAAACUCAUCUUUAAGGAAUGGCAGGCUCACUCAAAUGCUGUAUUUGACCUUGCCUGGGUACCAGGGGAACACAGGAUUGUCACUGCUUCAGGAGAUCAGACAGCCAAGGUGUGGGAUGUGAGAGCCGGCGAGCUUCUUGGCAUAUGCAAAGGUCACCAGUGUAGCCUCAAGUCGGUUGCUUUUUCUAGAUUUGAUAAAGCUGUAUUCUGUACUGGAGGCAGAGAUGGAAACAUCAUGGUUUGGGAUACCAGAUGCAACAAGAAAGAUGGAUUUUAUAGGCAGGUGAAUCAAAUCAGUGGAGCACACAAUGUGGUUGACAAGCAGACUCCUUCCAAACCAAAGAAGAAGAGGCAGAACCUAAGAGGACUUGCUCCCUUGGUGGAUUUCCAGCAGAGUGUAACUGUGGUGCUGCUUCAGGAUGAGCAUACUCUUAUCUCUGCAGGAGCUGUUGAUGGUGUGAUCAAAGUAUGGGACUUGCGCAAGAACUAUACUGCUUACCGUCAGGACCCGGUGCCUUUCAAGUCUUUUUGCUACCCAGGGACCAGUACUCGCAAACUUGGAUAUUCUAGCCUGGUUUUGGAUUCCACUGGUGCUAAUCUGUUUGCUAAUUGCACUGAUGACAGUAUCUACAUGUUCAAUAUGACAAGUUCAAGGACCACUCCAGUGGCCGUUUUCAGCGGGCACCAGAAUUCAACCUUUUACGUCAAAUCCAGCACCAGCCCCGACGACCAGUUCCUGGUCAGUGGCUCGAGCGACUGCAACGCCUACAUCUGGAAGGUUUCUGAGCCCAGCCUUCCUCCACGGAUACUCGUUGGUCACUCUCAAGAAGUUACCUCCAUUGCUUGGUCUCCUUCAGACUUCACUAAGAUUGCCACGUGCUCUGAUGACAACACUGUGAGGAUUUGGCGCUUACGGCGUCAUCCUGAGGAGAAGAAAACAGCAUUCAACAAAAUCAACUUGGUGGGCUGGGUCACUCAGAAGAAACCAGAACAACGACCGCCAGCCAGCCCACAGAGUACUCCUGCCAAGGCCUUCACAGUGGGCAGCCCGUGCAUUUCCUCACCACGGCCGGCUGCCUGUGCUCCCGUUUAUUCUGGAGACCUUCCCCUGUCUACAAACACUCCAACAAGCACUCUCAAAACCCAGAUGGCCACAGCCUGCACCCCAGCCAAGCGGAGUGGAGCCAGUCCAUGCGCUUCUCCCAAACUGAUCCCUUCCUCCAAAAUGUCCAUUAAGCAUUGGGUUACAAGGACUCCGUGCUCUUCUCCUCCAGAAGUGGGGAAAAAGGCUCCUUCUCCCAGAAAAGCCCUGGCAGAAGUCACCCAAGGUCUCCUGGAAGCUGCUUGCUCUCCUAAAGCCCCACACUUGCCGUUUGAAAAGCGUGCCAAGAGAAGGCUUGACUGCAGCAAGGAGGACGAUGCAGGGCAGAACUGUCUGCAGGACUGUAGCUGUGUGACUGAACUGGACUAUGCAGCUAAGAAAUCCAAGCUGAAUUUAUGUCACUUGGCUGCAGACCAAAAAGCUUGUGAUGAAGGCUCUCUCAGCCUGGCUGACUUGGAUAACGACCGUGAAGGCUCCAGCUGCAGCCCAAAAGAGCCUUCCUUCCCUGGAAACCAUGUUAAUCCAUCAGGUGUCCAGACUCCCCCCCAUCUUUUUAGAUCUCCAUGUGGGAAAGACACUGAGGUAGUAGAUAAAGAGAAUAGUUCACCUGAAAGAAAAAAUUGGUUGUCUGCUCUGGGAGAGAAGCUACGGACUGGCAGAGCUGGCAGCCAGAGCGCAUCAAACAGCCCCCCAUCAUCUUGCAGUCCUGGUGGCAAACGACGAGAGGCUGUGGCAGCAGCCACUUCGCCGAAAACUGCUGCAACCACUUCAGUUUCCAUGAGGAAGAUCUGCACGUACUUCCACAGAAAGCCACAGAACAACUGAAGCGACAUGUGGCGGUUGCACCUGAUGGAUGUUGACACUGUGGUAUCAAGACCAGAUUUAGCAAC